AUGGCGGAUCGCAGACCAGAGGUACUGGUCGUCUCGGUCAUAUUCUUCGUUCUCGCGACUGUCUUUGUAGCUCUGCGAUUCGUGUCGCGGGUCUUCGUCGUGCGGAGGGUUGGCCUGCAUGACUAUCUGAUGCUACUGGCUUGGUUGAUCGACUUCGGCUUCUCGUUCUCGCUCUUCUACGCGACCAGCAAGGGUCUGGGUCUUCACGACCAUGAUAUCCCAACCGACAAUCGACCCGGUCUCAGCCGUGCUGACUAUGCCUUUACUGUCCUUUACAAUCCUGCGUUGAUGGCCGUCAAAUCUUCCAUCCUCGUCUUCUACCUGACCUUGACCAAGGGCGAAAAGAUCUUUCGCUGGGCCAAUUACGUGACUCUCUUUGCCGUCAAUGCAGCUGGCUUGGCCCUCACUCUCGUCAAUGUCUUUCAAUGUCAUCCGGUAGAGGCUGCAUACUCGUAUCCUUUGCCGCCGAAUGCGCAUUGUAUCGAUAUCCUCACCUUAUACCUUUCUUCCUCGCCAGUCAACAUCAUUACCGAUUUAGCAAUUUUGUUCAUCCCAAUCCCCAUUUUGACGCAGAUGCGCCUUCCUCGGAAACAGAAGAUUAUCCUCAUCAUCACCUUUAGUUUCGGUUUCUUCGUGGCUGUGGUCGAUGUGAUUCGAAUCGCCUACAUCCAGGAUGCAGCCACAGCCCGUCAAAUCGCGGUCAAAGAUUUCCGUUAUCAAUCUGCCUCGGACGAUUUCAGCUGGUACGCAUCUCUCUCAUUCAUGUGGUCGGUUGUCGAAGUCAACGUGUCGGUUAUGUGCGCGUGUGUCCCCGGUCUGAAGCCCCUUGUGGCUCGUCUCAUCCCGAAGUUGAUCAGAGACACGGACGACAACACUCCGAACACGGCUGAUUUGAAUCAUCCUCCUUCGGUCGAACCUCCCGCCGCCUUUUCCGAGGGAGCUAUCACUGUCCCUAUCAAUGUACCGCCAUCGCUUUCGCAAUCCGGCAGCGCCCGGAAUAAAGCAUCACGGUCAGGAAGCCGUAGCAGUGAUAGUGUCGCUGACACCCGAGGAAUGCAAUCGGGGACCAUGGACAUGCUGGAGUUUUUGACGGCUCCCGAAUCGGUUCGUCACGAUGCAGAAGCCAAUACGGCUACUCUGACCAGCACGUCUUCUCCGCACAGUAUCACGUUUUUCGACUUUGUGAACAUGAACAAUCCGCCAAGCAUGCUCAAGUUGACGAACAAAGAAUCUAUCGCUCCGAACGCACUGACGACCAUCCUUUUCUUUAUGUGGGGCUUCGCGUAUGGCCUACUGGACACCUUGAACUCUCAGUUUCAGCAGAUCGUCCGCCUGGACUCGUGGCGCUCGCUGGGUCUUCAUGCUGUAUACUUUGGUGGGUACUUGGUGGGCCCGCCACUGGUCGGUCGAACUGUGCUGAAGCGAUGGGGGUUCAAGUCGACAUUUAUAACAGGCCUCUGUAUAUACGCGUGUGGGACGCUCAUCUUCUGGCCCUCGGCCGUGUUGGCCUCGUAUUCUGCCUUUACAAUCUCGAAUUUCAUCGUAGGCUUCGGCCUUGCUGUGUUGGAGACGGCCGCCAAUCCAUUCAUUGCUCUCUGCGGGCCGCUGGAGAACUCGGAAAUCCGUCUCAAUAUCUCGCAGGGCGUGCAGGCCAUUGGAAGCGUCGUUUCGCCUCUUCUGGCCAAAAAGGUCUUGUUCAGAAAGGUCACUGAUGUGGGGUCUCUGGUCGACGUCCAAUGGGCCUACUUGGGCAUCGCUCUUUUCGACGUGCUCCUAGCCGUGGCCUUCUACUAUCUGCCCAUCCCCGAGGCAUCCGAUGAAGAUUUGGAAGAACUGGCCGACCGUCGCCGCGAGGAUAAUAUGGCCAAAGUGCUAGGAGUGCCUGUGGUGUGGUUGACCCUGGGGCUUGGGGUGUUUUCCCAAUUCUUCUAUGUGGCAGGCCAGGAAGUUCUUUCGCAGAGUUUCGAGGACUUUGUCGCGGCUGCGAAUCCAAACUCCAGCCUAGGCGCGUUCGAAUACUUGACGAUCGGACACACUCUCUUUGCGGUCGGACGGUUUUUGACCGCCUUCCUGCAGUGGUACCUGAAACCACGAUGGGUCCUGAUGCUCUCGUACAUUGGCAUGAUUGUGUUUGCAGUGCUAUGCAUGAAGACAACCGGCCCCACGGCGGUCGCCAUGGGUCUGAUGGUCUACCUCUUUGAGAGCGGCGCAUUCAGCACCAUUUUCGCCAUAUCCCUCCGUGGCACCGCCCGUCAUACGAAAACGGCUGCUUCGCUGCUGGCCACCGCCAUCAGCGGUGGGGUUUACUUCCCCUUCGCGCAGUACGCCGCCCAGCUUGCGGGGGGUAUUUCCUACUCGUACAGCGUUCUUGUUGCUCUUUUCUGCGCCGGCGCUAUCUUUCCCUUGUACUUGAAUUUUGUCCCCGCCGCCCAGAAGCAGGUCGACCCCGUCCCCAACGAGUAUCUCCGCCGUCAUCGCCGGCGUCAUCGUAGCCGCGUGGCCCCGAACGACACCCUCGCUCCCGUUCCCCGCGAGAAAGAUAACCCAUCAGUUGGCGGGGUCUUGUCCCGCCGUCGCAGCGUGCUGAACGAUCCACUUCCUACCAUCCACCUCCCCGAAACAACUUAUUCCCCGGUGUCGAGUCCGGGCAGAAAGAGUCUUCCAAAGAAGCAGUCGUCAUCGUCAUCAUCAUCCAGGAGCGGCGGCGGGCUCAUGCACGACCUCGCCCCGUGGCCGGAAUCAUGA